GAAGAAAAUACAAAUAGUUCAUUAACAAGCGAACUAUUCCAAGUCUGUUUGUCAACUGUUACUGUACAGCCCAGAAUGGUGUUAAGAGUAAGUAGCAGGAGGAGCGUGGCGUGGGGCUGGCUACUCCUGGUCUCCUGCUUUCUGCUGUCUGUUCGUUCCCAUGAGCAGGCAGCCCACGAACACCCACCGGAGAGUCACCGUCCUAACAUGCACCUGGACAAGAACAUGGUCCAUGACAGAGAACACAUCAUGGAGCAUCUGGAAGGUGUGAUUGACAAGCCGGAGUCGGAUAUGUCGCCGCAGGAGCUGCAGUUGCACUACUUUAAGAUGCACGAUUAUGACGGCAACAACUUACUGGAUGGGCUGGAGUUGGCCACAGCCAUCACUCAUGUACACAAAGAGGAAAAAGGUGAGGAUAGCCAGCCUAUGAAAGAGGAGGACCUCACAAGCCUUAUAGAUGAUGUUCUGAGGGACAAUGACAAAAACAACGACGGGUACAUAGACUACGCCGAGUUUGCCAGGUCCCUGGAGUAGAGAAAUGGUGCCUAACUACUGGGGUCUGGCUCUGUGCACUGCACACAACCACACCACUUUCUCCACCACACCACUUUAAUUUACCUGAGCCAGUGUGCAUGUCUCACUCUCUGUGGGGCUAUCACUAUCCUUCAUCCGUCCAGACAGCAUGUAUAACAGAGGUGGGCAAACUUCUUGGCUUGAGGGCCACAUUGGGAUUUUGGAAAUUCAACGAAGGGUCGCACAGAUUUGUUUUGUUUUUGUUUUGUUUUGUUUGUCAAAACCUAUUUGCGGGUCAGAAAAAGGGCAGUAACUUGAAAAUAUUUAGGUCCGUUAUCAUUUCUACAUACUUUCUAUCUAGUUUUAGACGUUCAAGUGUGACCUGGAGGUUUUUACCCCCGUCCCCAAAACAAAAUAAAAGGGUUUUACUCC